AUCAACUUUGCUUUCUUUAUUAAAGUGCGUGUAAGGCGUUCUUCAUAUCAAGGUAAAAAUAGAUGUCAAAUCGUAAUUUUCGCGAAUAAAUGAAUAAAAGUGAAAUGCGUAAGGGUCUGAACAAAACGAGCAUCGUAAAUUUCUAGAUCGAGGGCGAAGAAACAGGUUACUUUUUCUAUUAAUUUGGUCUAUAACUGCAUAUUGUAGACGGCCAAAGUGGUGUGGGUUUUAUAAACCCAAUUUUUUUAUUACGCUCAUUCGAAUAUUAUCGCCGAUCCUGCAAUCAUGAUGACCGAUACGCUUACCACCAACAAUCACGUCGUUCCACUACAAACUAAACUUGACGACAAGCUGGACGAUAUUGGAUGGAAAUCGAAGUUAAAAGUACCCCCGAAGGAUAAACGGAUAAAAACUAGUGACGUGACGGACACACGUGGCAACGAGUUCGAAGAGUUCUGCUUGAAACGCGAAUUGCUCAUGGGAAUAUUCGAGAAAGGAUGGGAGAAACCGUCACCUAUACAAGAGGCGUCCAUUCCGAUCGCGCUUUCGGGCAAGGACGUGUUGGCGAGAGCGAAAAACGGCACGGGCAAGACCGGAGCGUACUGUAUUCCGGUGCUGGAACAAGUCGAUCCCGACAAAGACUACAUACAGGCUUUAAUAUUGGUGCCAACGCGGGAACUGGCGCUUCAAACUUCGCAAAUCUGCAUAGAGUUGGCGAAGCACCUUCGCGUUCGCGUCAUGGUCACGACGGGCGGGACAAAUUUACGAGACGAUAUAAUGCGUAUAUAUCAAAAAGUACAAGUAAUUAUCGCGACUCCUGGCCGAAUACUUGAUCUCAUGGAUAAACAAGUUGCCAAAAUGGAACAGUGUCGGAUUUUGGUACUCGAUGAAGCGGAUAAACUUCUGUCUCAGGAUUUUAAAGAUAUGCUUCAUCAUUUAAUUGGAAGACUGCCUGAGGAGAGACAAAUAUUAUUGUUCUCCGCAACCUUUCCGUUAACAGUGAAACUGUUCAUGGAAAAGCAUCUACGCGAUCCGUACGAAAUAAAUUUAAUGGAGGAAUUAACGUUAAAAGGUGUAACACAAUAUUACGCGUUUGUCCAGGAACGUCAGAAGGUGCAUUGCCUUAAUACUCUUUUUUCCAAGUUGCAGAUUAACCAAAGUAUUAUAUUUUGUAAUUCAACGCAACGAGUCGAAUUGUUGGCGAAGAAAAUAACAGAACUUGGUUACUGUUGUUACUAUAUACACGCGAAAAUGGCACAAGCACACAGAAAUCGAGUGUUCCACGAUUUUAGAGCCGGUCUCUGUAGAAAUCUAGUCUGCUCCGAUCUUUUCACAAGAGGUAUUGAUGUUCAAGCUGUAAACGUUGUCAUCAACUUCGACUUUCCAAAAAUGGCGGAAACAUAUCUACAUCGCAUCGGCAGAUCGGGCAGAUUUGGUCAUUUAGGUAUCGCGAUCAACCUCAUAACGUACGACGAUAGGUUCGCCCUGCACCGUAUCGAGCAGGAGUUGGGCACCGAAAUCAAACCCAUACCGAAAAUGAUCGAUCCGUCUUUGUACGUCGCCAACUCGGAAGAUGAACUUUUGGAAGACGGUAACAAGUAAUGUUGUGAUCUUACGGAUUACUUUGAUGUGAUUUAAUUUAAACUAAAACAGACGAUUACUAAAAACGAAAACUUGUAAAUAGUAGCGCUCAAUUGAACUUUUGAUUUUUCUCUCUUUAUAUCUAAAACAGGAAAAGGAUACAGUUUUUGUUAAAUUUUUUAUACAAGAGAUUUAUACCUAGCAAACAAAACAAAAUUACGGGAAUCGUUUCAUAUUUCACAAAAUCGUCACGAGAUCUCAAGUCGCAAGAGACUGAGCUCAUCCUCGAGUUGCAUCUGAAUCUCCUGCAGUCUCUUGCGAUUGAUGAUUAUUUGCCUCAUCGAAC